AUGAAGAGCGGUAUUGAAAUGAAGGAAAAUAAUAUAUACGGGAGUGGAUAUGCACAAUGUCAGAAUAAAUUAGAUAGUGAUUUAGUUUUGAAGAAUAGUGAGGGAAUUAAAAAAAAUGGGAUAGCAGAAAAUGGAGUAUAUAGUUAUAAGACAGUUGAAUUGGGAGGCUUAGGGGCAUAUGGAAUGAACAGUAUGGAUAAUAACUUAGUGCUAGACCCGAGUUUCGUUCAGAAAAAUCCAAUAAAUAUAAAAGAUAAAAUCAUAGGAGGUGGUUUAGCAGAGAAUAAAAUAAACACAAGGACAUAUUUUAAUAAUAAUAAUAAUUAUAGUGAUAGCAAAAUGGUGGAUAUAAAAUAUAAUAAUUUUGGUAUGCCUUAUAAUAUAAUAGAUAAAAAUUAUACAAUGAACAAUAUAAGUAUGAAUAAACGAUUUGUAAAAGUAGAGGAUGAAAUAAAUAAAAAUAGUGUAUAUCCUCAUUAUUAUAGAAGUAGAAGUUCAGGCACACAUAUUAAAAACUAUUAUCCUAAUGUUAAUAUAAAAAAUAAUAAUGGAAUUUCUUUAUUCGAACAAGGAAUAAAUGAUAAAAAUAGUGUAUACCUUUUGAAUAAUUAUAAUAAAAACAAUGGAACUAUUUAUGAGCAGAGUCCUAUUAUUAAUAUGGGUAAAACUAUUUAUGAUAAUUCUUUUGGUUUAAAUAUAAAUAAAGGAAUGUAUACAAAGACAAAUACAAAUAUACCAAGUAGCAUAAAUAGAGUCAAUGCUAUAGGAAAUUAUAACGUCCCAAAUGUAGUAGAAUAUAAAAAUGAUAUAUUAUUUCCAUAUGGAGAUAAAAUAAAUAAUACAUAUACAAAUUAUCAAAAUAAUAUGAACAAUUUAAUUGUAAAUCCAGAUAAAAAUAUGAGUUUAAGAAAUACUCGUUUAUAUAAAACAUCAGAAUAUCAUUACAACAAUCCAAAUAAAAAUGAUAAUUCGAUUGGUAUUAAUAAUAUAUGUAAAAUUUAUAAUACGGAUAAUAAAAAAGAUUUUAAACCAAUUCAAUAUGAAAAUGGUUUGGAAGAAUAUAGUUUCGUAGAGAAUAAUAAAAAUAUAAAUGAUUAUAAAAUAUAUAAUAAUGAUAGUUAUGGAACUCAGAUAAAUUCUAUAAAUAAACAGUAUGGUCCAAUUUUGAAAACUGAUUCUUUAGGAGAAAAUAAUGACGGUAAAAUAUUAUUUAACAAUAUAAACUCACCUAUUGUAUAUACAGAAAGAUCUGGAAAUAUAUAUAAAAAUAUUUAUAAUGAAAAAGAAGAAAAUAUUCAUGACUUAUGUAAUACAAAAACAAUUGAAGUUUCAAAUGAAGAGACACAUCAUGAUCAUACAGAAUUAAGCAGUGAAAUUUUUUCAUAUAAUAAUAUUAAUAAUUUUAUAAAGGGAGAUACAUCAUUAGAGUAUAUGAAUAGUUAUAGUAAUAGGAAGGGUGUUGAUAAAAGUGAAAUUGAAAAAGACAGUGAAAAAAAUGAAAAUACCAACAUUUCAAUGAGUAAUGAAACUAUAAAAAUAAAUAAAAAAAAUCGAAAUGAAUUUUUAGAAUGGAAAUCUCAUAAUAGAUUAUUGAAAAAUAUUAUAGGAUCUUAUAAUGAAAAUACGAAUAUAAAAAAACAUGGUUUAUUUAAUUUACUUUUUGAUAUGUAUGGAUAUAAUAAAAAUAUUUUUAAAAAUUAUUUAUCAAAUAAUGAUGAAAAUGAAAUAAAAAAUGUUAUGAAAGAUAUUAUAUAUGAAUUAUUUGAAAAAAAAAAUAAUAAAAUUAUAGAAAAAUUUAUAUUUUUAAAAUAUUUAUUUAAUGAAUAUGGACAUACAGAGUAUCCAAAUUUAAUAUCAUUAAAAAAUUUUAAACAAAUCUUUAGAAAUUAUAAAAAUAUUUUUUCAUCGAAAAAAAUUGUAUUAUUUAUAUUUAAUUGUUUAGACAGAGGAAGAAAAUAUUAUAUUACUGAAAGUGAUUUUAUUAUAGGUAUGUUAACAUGUAGUCCUCAAAUGGGUAAUGAUAUACUUGAUGAUACAGGAAAAUUACGACAUCAAUUAAUUUUUAGAGCUUAUGAUUUAGAUAGAGAUGGAUAUUUAAAUAGUAAGGAGAUGUUAGUAUUUUUGUAUCAUAUAUAUGAAUUAUCAAAUGAUUUAAAACAUUUAGAAUUAAAAACAGAUAAAAAUAAAUUAAAAGAUUUUGUUAUUAGUGAAAGGGAUAAGCUUAUGAAAAAUAAUGAAAAGAUUAGUUACGACUAUUUUUACAAAUUAAUAGUAAAUAAACAAAUUGAAGGAACAACAAAUUUGUUACGAUCUAAUUGUGACGUUGCUAGUGUUGUAAAAAAAUAUUUUCUUUACACAUAUGCAAAAAAUUUAAUACCCGAAAAAUAUGUAGAUGGUGAUGAUUUCUUUUUUAUAAACUCUAAAAAUAAAAAAAAUAAUGAAACAAAUAAUAUGAUUGACAACAAAUUGAAAAACGAUUCAAGAUAUUCUCAUGAUACCAUUCAUUUUAGUACAUCAUCGAAUAAUAUUUUAGAUGAGGAUUACAAUAAUUUUUAUAUGUUAAGAAGAAUGAAUGCGUAUGAGGGUUCAGGAAUAUAUACAGAUAUAACAGAAAAUAUAUCAUCGGAGCAAAUUGAUAUAGAUACAUUUUCAAAAGUUGACACUGGAAAAGUGCUAGCCAAUUUAAAAGAAAUAGAAACAUCAGUGGAGAAAUUGGCAAUUGAAACUUAUAAUAAUACAAAAAAAGUUAAGAAAGAUGAAUUUUUAGCUAGUAUUGAUCAAAAUUUUGAAAAAUCCAAAACUAAUGAUAUUCAUUCUGUUGAGAAAGAAAGAGAUACUUUUAUGGAUAGUCAAUCAGUGGAAUUCCAAACAAAUAGUUACGAAACUGAUUAUAAUAAUAUAUAUGGUGAUGAGAAGGAUAAAAUUGAAAUAAUAAAAAAUAAAGUAAAUAUUAAAAAUAGUAAGUUGGGUUCAAUGGAAUAUGGAGUGAAAGAAUCUGUUGGUAACAUGAACGAGUUAGAUGCAACGGGUUCUGAUUUAAGAAAAGAAUCAACUUAUUUUGAAAAACCAAAUGAAGAAACAAAAAUAAAUGAUGAUUCAUAUGUUAAUGAAAAUUUGAGGGUAAAUGAUAAAAAUGAGAUAAACGAUUUUGAGUGUAUUAAUUUGAAUCCAAAUCGUUUAAGCAUAUCUAGUUUUGAUAAAAAAUGUGAUACUAUUUUAGAAAGUAGAAAGGAAAAUAAUAUGAAGGAUGAUGAAAAUUUGAAAGCAGAUAAAAAUAUGGAGGACAAUGUUAGGAAUACUGAUGUAGUAGUGGAAGGCAAUGAUAAUACAUUAUUAGUAAAUAGUGAAAAAAUAAAAAAUAGGAAUGUUUUACCUCAUUUUGGAAAAGAAGAAAAUUGUGAAUCAAAUUUGAAAGUAAAAGAAAUAUAUGAUUAUGAUUUAAUUGGUGAUGAUAAAGAAAAAAUGGAGAAUAGUAUUAAGGAAGUUGUAAAAGAAUAUAGAGAAAAAUAUAUAACAGAUCAUAAAUUAUUAACAUUAAAUCAGGAUAUAGCUUUUAAGGUGUUUACUACUUUUUAUAAUAUUUGUUAUAAAAAGAAGAGAGAGGAUUAUAAAAAUUAUUUUGAUAUAUUUAGAGUAUGUAAUUAUAAUGAUGUUCUUCUUUUAUGUGAUGAGGUUGUAAAAUUAUUUAAAUUAGAAAAUUCACUUGAAUUUGUUAAUUUGCCAUGCAAAAUAUUUGGGGACAUACAUGGAAACCUAUUUGACAUUGUUGAUUUUUUUAAUUUGUACAAUUGGCCAAUGCAUGAUAAUAACAAUAGAAUAAUUUCUUCAUUAAAAUGUGAGAAGGGUUUAGAAAAUGGUGAAAAUAAUAUGAGCAAUAAAUGUGUAACCAAUCAGAACUAUAUGAAAUAUGUGUUUUUAGGUAAUUAUUUAAAUCGAGGAGAAUUAUCUUUAGAAGUCAUUUGCUUCUUAUUUAGUUUGAAAAUAUUAUUUCCUAGACAUAUAUAUUUAAUAAGAGGAAAUCAUGAAAAUAGAUUAUUUAAUUAUAUAUAUGGUUUUUAUAAAGAUAUUGAAAAAAAAAUAAAAAGUAAUUUUAAUUGUUUAGGAAAAAUAAAUUAUAAAGAUGAUGUUAUAUGUGCAUAUUCAUAUGAAGUAUUUAACAGAAUUAAUGAUGUUUUAGAAUUUUUACCUUUAUCUGUUUUAUUAGACAAUGAAAUUUUAUGUAUACAUAGUGGUAUUGGUGACAGUAUUCAAAAUGUAAAGGAUUAUUUAAAUAUUGAAAAACCAAUUAUAAUACCAGAAAAUGUUGAUAGAAAUAAUAAUAAUAAAAGUGAAAUAUUAAAAAAAAUUAUUAUAGAUACAUUAUGGUCUGAUCCUAUAAAUUAUUUAGAUGAUAAUGAUAUGACAUUGUUGAAGAGUUGUAAAAAAUAUGAUAUAAUUCCAUCAAGUCGAGGAAAAAUAACAGUAAAAUUUGGUAAAUAUAGAUUAUCUAGUUUUCUAAAAAAUAAUAAAAUAAAAAUGAUAAUAAGAGGAAAUGAAUGUAUUCCUGAAGGAUAUAAAUAUGAUUUUAACAAAAAAAUAUUGACUCUAUUUUCAGCUACAAAUUAUUGUAAUAAAUAUAAAAACAAUGCAUCAAGUGCAUUAAUUAUUAAAAAAAAUAAAAAUAUUACAAUAUUUAAUCAAAUUUUGAAACCUGAAUGUGAAAAUAUAAAUCUUAAUGAAAGUCACAACAAAGAAAAAGCUAAUAUCGUAUCCAAAAACCUUGAAGAAGACAAACUAAACAAAUCAGAGAUUAUUCAAAAUGAAAAUAAAACUGCAAACAAUUUUGAUCAUACCAAACAUGAGGAUAUAUCUUCUAAAAAGUCUGAAAAUGAAAAUAAGGAAACAGAAAAUAAUAAUGAUUUAAUAGAACCCCAAUUUUAUGCUAAUAAAGAUUCUGAAAACAUGAGCAAUGAUGAUAAUGCUGAAAAUGUAUUGGCAGAUGGUACAGAUGUAUGUGAAAAAAAAAAUGAUAAUUUAAAUGAUAAUAAUUUAAUGAAUGAAAUGUUAAAAGUUUUGAGUUAUGAAAAAAAUUUAGAUAAUUGUAGUGAUGGUAAUGGUGAAAAAGAUGAGUAUGAUAAGAAGCAAGAUAAUUUAUUAGAGUCUGAUACAGACAAAAAUGGCGGGAACCCUCUUUUCGAAAACCCCUGUAGUGAGGAUAUAGGAAGCGAAGAAAAUGAGGAAAAAGAAAAAGAAGAAAGCAUGACAUAUGACAAAUUUUACAAUAAUAAAGAAAAUGAAAUUUUUAACGAUUUUGAAAAUUAUUGUAAUGGUAAAAGUGUGGAUGAUAUGACCAAGUUUGAUGAUUUGGGAAUGGGAAAAAGUGAGAAUAACGAUAUAUUUUUAGAUGAAAAAAAAUAUGAAGUGAUGAAAGAUGAAAUAUUAGAAGGAUGCAAUUAUAAAAUUGAGUCAGAUAAAUAUGCAGAUGAAAUAAUGGAAGAAAGUUUUGAUAAAAAAAGCCGAAACAGUACAAACAGCCGAAAUAAUACAAAUUCUAUUAUAAAUAGUUUUUUCAAAAAUAAAAAAACAAUCGAACAAAACAGUUCAAAUAUAUUUCUUAAUUAUGAUGAAGUUAAUAAUUCAAAGGAAAAUGAAGACAAUUUUAAAAAUGAUAACUGUUCAAAAAAAAGUUCAUUGUCAAAUGAAAAUAUUGGAAAAUGUUAUAACAUUGAAGGUUUAAAUUCAAUGGAUGAAAUUGAUGAUGAACUGAUUUAUAAAAGAAUAAAUUAUAUGAUGCCCCCAGAUUUGGCCCUAACAAAUAAAACACAAAUGAAAAAUGGAAGUUACACUAGAGAACAUAAUUCAGCAACAAUGAGAAACACAAGAAAUGAAAGCAACACUAUGGAUUCUAUAAAUAAGGCAGAAAUGCAACAUUUGCCUCCAGACCCUCAACCACAAACAAAAAUAUCUCUCCAAAAAAGUUUAGAUGAUUUACAUGACUCCCAAUAUUGA